AUGUCCCAGACUUCCGCCAAUAACGGUUCGCUGACACCGCACUUCGUAACCGGAGGUGCACUCAUCUACGGGCCGGGCAUCGCAUUUCUUGAGGACACCGCUGUCCUACCCGAAGGUCGCCUCCGCCCAAACGACACCGGCCUCCGGGACGACGCCCACAUCUCGCCACUUCGUGCACUCGUCGAGUUCGCGCAUUCGCAGAACCAGAAAAUCGGUAUCCAACUCGGGCAUGCCGGGCGGAAGGGCUCCGUCGUCCCCAUCUGGCUCGGCAUGCACGUCGCCACGGAGGCCGCGGGUGGUGAUGCGCCCGACUGGCCCGUUCCCCGCGAACUCGAUGUCGCGGGCAUCGCGCAUGCCGCGAAGGGCUUCGCGGACGCCGCAGCUCGUGCUGUGAAGGCGGGCGUGGACACUAUGCAGAUACAUGGUGGUCAUGGCUUCUUGCCGCACCAGUUUCUCAGCUCGAUCCCGAACAAGCGCACCGAUCGGUACGGCGGGAGCUUCGAGAACCGCAUGCGGUUCACUCUGGAGGUUGUUGACGCUGUGCGUGCUGUCAUACCAGAAGAAAUGCCGUUGUUCUUCCGACUGAGCGCCACCGACUGGCUCGAAGAAGCUUUCCCUGACGAGCCGUCCUGGCGCCUUGAAGACGCUGUUGAUCUUGCCAAGCUUCUAGCGGAGCACGGCGUAGACUUCAUCGACGUUACAUCGGGUGGAUUGCAUCUUGCGCAGAAGAUCGGCGUGAAUAUCACCAAACCGGCGUACCAGGCGGACCUAGCCGUCGCCGUGAAGAAAGCGGUUGGAGACAAAGUGCUCGUCGGCACUAUCGGAACCAUCAGCACGGGUCACGUCGCGCAGCACGUCCUAGACGACCUGAAUCUCGACGCGGUCUUCGUCGCCAGACAAUUCCUUAAGGACCAUCAGACCGUCUGGACGUUCGCCGAGCAACUGGGCGUCGAAAUCCAGUUGCCUGUCCAGUUCAAUUGGGUCUUCAAAGGACGGCCUGGUACCCAGAAGAAGUAG